AUGGAAAGUUCUGAGGCGUUGGUAGGCUUUGAUCUCUCUAAGACGCCGCUCUCCAGUAUUGCUCAGAAGAUUUUGUGUGCUAUGCACUCAGUCGAUGUAGCGGAUUCUGAGAAUUGGAGAGAGAGUGAAAAGAAUGCAGAAAUGGUGAGCAAAUCCAGUGUCAAGUCUUCAGUACUACUUGAAGAUGGGAGGUGCCGAUCACUUGGGAAAAAGAAUCUUAUUUCUUUAACAAGCCAGACAUCAAGAACUUCCAUCCAGUUCCCUCCUCCGUCGGCCAGCGUUGGAGUCCCCGAUCCUCUGUCCCCUGACCAAAAGCAGCAGAGCAGCAGCUCCCAGUCUGCGUCCAGUUGUUUAAGUACACAGUCUCAUCGGGAGGCUUCAGUUCUACAGAAAAUGGAGUGUAAAAGACCACAUUUCCUAAGAGACAGUGUCAGUGCAGGUGGAAACAUGGAGGGCGUGAAGCGCCAAAGAGAGCAUAUUCCGUCCAUUAACGUUUCAGCAAAAACAAGCAAACAUGUAGCACUGGAAGAUGAAAAGGAGGCUGAAGCCUGUCGAAAUUCUGGGAACUCAAGUUCAUUUGAAAAGCAUUUUUGUGAUGUUAGGUAUUUGGAGGAUUUGGAGAAAAGCCAGCUGAUUGAACUGCUCAGAGGAGCAGCAGCCCUGGUGGUGACUCUGAUGUAUAAGGAUGGUUCAACCCAGAUGAGCACUGAUCAGGCUACAGUUUCUUCUGUUAAAGGAAUUAUAAUAUUACUGAAGAGCCAAGUGGAAGAAGGGAGUGAUCCUCUGGAUGCCUCAGCCUCUGAUGGUGUUGGUGAAGAGUUCAUUUCUGAUGAUAGGUAUAUUUACAUAAAAACAGAGCACUCUUCUAUUUGGAGCCAAGACCAAGAGAUACAUACUCAGUUUGCCAGGAAAGUGCUGUUUCAAAUACUGAAAUGCAAAUGUCCUGUAAUUUGUUUUAAUGCGAAGGAUUUUGUGAGAACUGUGCUCCAGGCUUUUGGUGACAGUGGCCGCUGGAAGCAGGUUGCCGACUUUGUCGGGUUUGAUCCCAGAAUUGCUGCCUGGCUUUUGGAUCCCAGUGAUGCUGUGCCUUCUUUCAAAGAUUUAGUCGCAAAAUACUUAGAAAACCCCAUCACAGUUAAAGUAAACAGCACAUAUGGAAACGCAUCGAGGCAUAUUGUGGGUGAGGAUGGGAUGGGUGAAUGGUACAACCAUUGUUCUGGAGCUAGCCGACUUCAGGCAGUCAGGGAUGACACCAUCGGGUGGAUGACUCCUGGCCUGGAAGCCCGGUCCCAAUCUGGACAGCAAGCAUGGCUGCGAGUGCCCCAUUUCCUGCGUUGUGUGAUGGAAAGCCAUAGCAUCCAGAUAAAUAAAGAAGAAAUGGAGAGGACCUCAGCUCUGCUUGGGUCGCGUCUCAAGGAGUUGGAACAAGAAGCUCAUUUUGCCGCGGGAGAACAGUUUCUUGUAACAAGCAACAGCCAGCUCCGAGAGAUUCUGUUCGGCAAAUUGAAGCUGCACCUGCUGUGUCAAGAGCAGACUCUUCCCAGAACUGCGCUGCAGAAAUACCCGUCCACCUCGGAAGCCGUGAAUAUACAAGGUAUCUCCAAGCAUCCAAUUCAGAUUACUAAGCCUCAAAAUUUUCAAGGUAAGGAGGAGCUGCCCCUGACACUCCAGCCACGCUGCCAUUGGCUUGAUCACAAGGGGAGAACUUUUCUCUCUGCAGACUUUGCACAGAUUGAAUUGCGCAUUCUCGCACACUUAUCUGGGGAUCCGGAACUUCUGAAGCUGUUCUGGGAAUCCGAGAGCCAUGAUGUGUUUGCUACCCUGGCCGCGCAGUGGAAGGACAUUCCUGUGGAGCACGUGAGACACGUGGACAGAGAGCAGAGCAAGAAAGUGGUGUACUCGGUGGUCUACGGAGCAGGGUACGUGACAUCCAUCAUGGGCAGAAGGAGGCCCCUGCCAAGUAUCCGUGCACAGGACCAGCAGCUGCGGGCGCAGGCAGAGCGGCAGGCAGUGAACUUCGUGGUUCAAGGCCCCAAGCGUCUGCCCCCACCCCCAGUUUCCGCCACAGGCACCAACCUUCUGACGCCUGCCCCAAUGUCUGCUGUGGGCACUGAGCUGUUGCCACCUGCCUGGCUUCUGCUGCCAACACCAUGUCCCCUGCCGUGGGCUCAGGCCUGCCGGGAUGCUCGCAUGAGUGCAGGCUGUGGAAGCUCGGCCGCCGACCUCUGCAAGCUGGCCAUGGUCCGCAUCUUUGCCGCGGUGGCCUCGUCUCCCACUCUUACAGCAAGUCUGUACACGCUGCAAGUACGCGGCCGGGCCGGCUGGACGCCCACACCGUCCAGGGAGACACCAGGCAGGCGUGAAGUGUCAGCACGACCAGCAGGGACAAGGGACAUCGACUGGUCUCUAGAGGACCUGGCCAGGCUGCAGGAGGGGCUGUGGGCAGAGUGUGCAGCUCCCUACCCGGGUGACAGUGUGGUGGCCCAGGCAGUCGUGCCUGCCAGGUUUGGUCCUGCCCCCACCCACCGAGCAGAGAUGAGGCUGGUUGCCCAAAUUCACGACGAGCUCCUGUUUGAGGUGGAAGUCCCGCAGGUCCCCGAGUUUGCAGCCCUCCUGAGGGCCACUAUGGAGUCCCUCCAGCACAUCCGGGCCCUGGAGCUGCGCCUGCAGUACAUCCAGGGCGUGCCCAACCCGGGUCCCAGCACCCAUUCCCUGUGCCUCUCAGAGUCCCAAGAUCCACCCCAGCCGUCUGUGGGUGCCCCUGAGGGUGAGCCUGAGCGCGGGCCACACGUGGGGCUGCCUGGCGCCGCUGCAGGAGGUCCCAUGGCUGCCCCCGCCCCCCGCCGAGUCUCCAAGCAACAGCCCGGCUACCACAGCCAGGUCACUGGGCAGCACAGGCCACAGGCUCGCACGUUUUCUGCCUUCGUUUCGCCCGUAGACCCCGGCAACAGAGGGAGGCGAGAACUGGUUUCCACCAGCGCGGUGAGCAGCCCUGACCAAGGUCACGGGGAGCUGCCCCGUGCAGCACCCAACCCGGAGCCUGCAGCACAGCACGUUACCUCCCCUGCCAGGCGCCCCGGGCCACCCCAGUAA